CUCGUCGAAGUUUAACGGUCGCGGAAAAAGCAUUUACUUUCAAAAACUACAAAGCAUACGUUUAUUCGCUCGUAUAAGCCGUUAUUGUUGAUAUCUUAUCGCGUAUGCGUCGAUUUCUUCGAAUUUUGCGCGUUAUUGUUGGUUAAGAGGAGAUCACCGAGUGACAUGUCAGUUGCAUAGAUACUACGGAAGGAACGACAUAAUAAGCGUCGCAGAAUGACUUCCUUGUCACUUUUAGCAACCUACGACGAGUUGGUGAGAUGCUCGAAUGUCCUGAUAAAUGGAUCCUGCGAGGAAGAAUUCCUGCAAUUUGCCUUAAACCAAGAGGAGAUGAGACAGAAAUGGUUGGCAUCGGAACAAGAGUGUCAACGGCUUCAUUCAGCCCUGGACAAGGCUCAUCAUGAGAUUGCUGGGCUGGAUAGAAAAUUGCGUCACGCUAGAAGAAACUUGGAGGAGGAGAGCCGUAAACGUCGUAUCAUUGAGGAACAGAAAGAUUCAUUGGAGAAACAAAUCGCUACAGCCAGAAAUUUCUUGUUUACUGACGGAGGUAAAAACCUAAAUGAUGAAACUAGAGAAAAACUGCAGUUUCUUAAUAAUACUUCUUUGAAUCAACAAAGUAACAUACAUGUUCAAGACACUCACAUUGACAAGCUUAACACAAUUGCUGAGUUGGACUCCACAGGCUCAAUAUUAAGCGAUCUUAACUGUCUAUCAAAAUCGGAAGACGACUUAGAGACUAGCGCUAUUUUACAUCAAAAUUUGAAGAGUGGAAAACGACAAUGGAAGGAACAUCGUCCCAGUAGCGAACAUUCUAAAAAACGUCGUAGCUCGUUGCAUAAAGUUACUGAAUUAAAUUCUUCUGAUAGAAUAGUAGCCACUACUACUGUAGUUAUGCCAAAAGAUGGUGCAAUUACUGCAUCAUCAACGAUUGAGGCUAUUCCUGGUGAUGAAAAUGCAGAUCCACAGAUCUCUUCACAAAGUACACGCAAACGACGUAAGAGUAGUGCAGAACGUAACAAAUCAAAAUCGCACAUAGAAGCAAACAAAAUACUAAUAGAUACAGCACCAUCAGCACCACAGGCUGAGAUGCUUACAUCAACUUCAGAUACAGAAGAUGUCUUCAAACCAAGUCCAAAUAUUGGUGGAUAUACUAUGAAUGCAAAAAUAUCUAGGAAUCACCGUUUUGCAGCCAAAUAUGUCAUUAGACCGGAAAUCUGCACACCUUGUGGUAAAAGAAUUCGAUUUGGAAACACAGUUCAAAAAUGCGAAGAUUGCAGAGCUAUAGCUCAUCCUGAAUGCAAAGAUUUAGUGCCUCUGCCAUGUGUGCCGACAGGAAAUACGCCUACGUUACGUGGUGUACCCGGCACUAUAGCUGAUUACACACCAAUAAUACCACCUAUGGUGCCUUCCAUAGUAGUUCAUUGCAUUAAUGAGGUUGAAUUGCGCGGAAUGAAUGAACAAGGUUUAUACAGAGUAAACGGAGCGGCUGCAGAUGUCAAAUCUCUUAAAAAUAAAUUCUUAAAGGGCAAAGGUGCUCCAAAUCUUUCUAAUGUCGACAUCGCAACCAUCUGUUCUACUCUGAAAGAUUUCUUCAGAUCUUUACGCGAGCCACUAAUCACUGUCGCUUUGAUGGGAGACUUUAUACGUGCGACAACGUUAACGGAUAAACAAGAUGCCGAUGCCGCUCUUUAUCAAGCAAUUUCAGAAUUGCCGCAACCGAAUCGGGAUACUUUGGCCUUUCUGAUGCUACAUUUGCAGAGAGUAUCGAGUAGUCCCGAAUGUAGAAUGCCCAUCAGUAAUCUUGCCACAGUUUUUGGGCCGACUUUAGUUGGUAACACUUCCAACAAACCAUCUUCUAUUAUGCUCAAUGAAAUCAAACAUCAAGUUGCGGUAGUAGAAAAUCUGCUCCAAAUUCCAUCCGAUUAUUGGGCUACUUAUGUGAAUCCGACGAACUCAAAUGAUAUCUAUACUCCAAAAACGGGCGAAUUAAAACAUACACCCUCAACAGAAUCGCUCCUUAAGCGUAGUAUCUCCCGCGGUUUCUUCAAUACUCCGCUUUCUUCCAGCCGCACUUUUGCGAGAAGAAAUAAGAAAUACUUUGCUACGCCACCUUCUAGGGCAGGAUUCUAAUGAUGAAACAACUUUUUAAGAAACGUUGAGCUGUCCGGAACGGAUAACCAAGUCAAACAAGAGAAAAUUAUCUUUUGCUUUAGAUAUUUGCAAAUAAACAUGUAUAUCAAUUAUCGUAUGUUUUUAAUUCUUUAAUGUACAGAUAUUGGUGAUGUUGUGACUACGUUCUGAUAUGACGC